AUGACUCCUACAGUCUUCCUAGUCAUCCUGUGCCUGGGAGUGGCUUCAGCUGCUAUAGUCCCUGAUCCUGGUUCAGAUGCUGAAUUGCGAGAGCAGAAGGAUAAAGAAGGACCCAAAACAGUGUCAUGGGAUGAGUUUAUAAAGACUAUCAAACUACACAAUAGCAAAAAUGACAAGGAUAUGGAUGGCUUCAACAUAGAAAUGAGUGCCUUCGGUCAGCUGGCUGAUGAAGAACUCAUGAAAAUAAUGACUAACGUUUUUCACCCAAAGUUUGAAGAGAAGAAAAACCAAACACAGGAAUUUGAGGAUUGGAUAGAGAGUGGUGAUGAGAUUCCUGUACAGGAUCAGGUAUGA